AUGCCUUAUGCCAAUCAACCGAUUAUAAGAAUCAGUGAGUUGACAGACGAGAAUUUAAAGUUUAUUGUUGAAAAUACGGAUCUCAGGUAAAUAUCUUGAUUUUUACAAUGAUUGGUAUAUGAGUUUAUUGAAUUGACAUUGUUUAGGGCCCCACACCCCCUGUGGACAAUCUCCUGGUGAACUUAAGUAGGGUGAAGGAGAUAUCAGAUCUGGCUGCGUUCAUCUGGUAAUCCACCAGACAGCAGUGUACAAUAACCACAGAUUGUCGACGUCUCUGUUUUGCCUAUGUAUGCAUCAAUGCUGUCGCUAUGUGGCUAGCCAGUGUGCUUAUGACAGGCAUUCGCCCCCCCUGAAAAUAUUCAAAAUGGCGGCCAUCCAGGGGGGUAAAUGCCUCAUAAGUGCACUGGCUAGGAACACAGCGAGUUCAUUUUGAUGGCAUUGCUGCGGCUACGCUUUUUUGGCUGAGUCAGACUUCUGUAUUCUGUGGCCUAGUUGUCAACAGCUAUCUCCGCCCAGAACUUCAGCAGGUCCUCGGUAUGACGUUUAUGGAUAAACAGUGAACCAUGUCCUACCCUUGAAAUGGUGUUUUAUGUUGAAAUUAAACUAUUUAGACAAAUUCGAAUACAUUGCAACAGCAGUAAGAACUGAACUAACAAUUCUAUCUUUGAUUUCAGUAUGGCUAAUGCUUUACGGAGAAUAUUCAUUGCAGAAACACCAACGAUUGGUAAUAUAUGAAGAAUAUUAUGUCACUUUAUUUUUCAUCUUUAUUCUACUUUGUUAUGUGUAAAACAUGUAUUGAAACAUUAGGAGCGGAUGGCCUUAUUGAUUAAUAUUAAUGCUAAUAAUUUGUUUUGCCAGCCAUUGACUGGGUUCAAAUUGAAAAUAAUACAUCAGUUCUCCAUGAUGAGUUUAUUGCUCACAGAUUGG